AUGGAUGCGAAGAUCGUGAAGGUGUUGGGUAGUACUUGUGUCGAUGGCUUCGGGAAGAAGAGGAAGCGCUCGGCAAGCUAUGCUGCGGCGUAUGUUACUGGAUCUUCUUGUGCGAAGCUGCAUCAUGUUGUGCCGUUACCGAAUGGCUUUUCUGAUAAAAGGAGAAAAUUGGAUGAUGCUUCUGAGAAUCGCUCUGGGAAGUCGUUGGUAAGAUAUUAUUCUUACUUUAAGAAGACUGGUGUGCCCACACGUGUCAUGAUCUAUGAGAACGGUGAAUGGAUUGAUUUACCUGAAGAUACCAUCUGCGGUAUUAGGAAUGAGCUUGAAGAAAAGAGAGCUGCUAUUGAGUUUGAAUGGUGCGGCCACCAUUUUAUCUUGGAUUUCUUGCACAUGCAUAGACUAGACUUGGAAACAGGGGCGAAAACGCCGCUUGCAUGGAUUGACAUUGGAGGCAAAUGCUUUUUCCCUGAAAUUUACGAGACUGAUGAGAGGAAUGAUUACUGCCAUCAUAACUGUGUGGAAGAAAGUUCAAAACAAUAUGCUCCACAUGAAAUCAAGCUGCAUCUUGAGAUUGAUGUUAAUGGUGGGGAGUCACCGAGGUUGAAUUUGGAGGAGUGCAGUGACGAGUCUGGUGACAAUAUGGAUGAUGUUGAAGCUGCUGUUUCGAAAUGGGAUGAGACGGAUGCUAUAGUCUCUGGUAUUAAGCCUGCUGGAUCCGAAGUACUGGAUAAAGAUGCGGUAAAAAAAAUGUUUGCUUUAGGUACAGCUUCUCUAGGGCAUGUAGCGGUGCUGGAUGUGGGCCGUUUUUCCAGUGAGAUUGCCAAAGCUCGUCUAGCACUUUUCCAGAAGCAAGUUGAGAUCACUAAGAAACAUCGUGGGGAUGCAAACGUUAGAUAUGCAUGGCUUCCUGCAAAGAGGGAAGUUUUGUCAACGGUUAUGAUGCAAGGACUUGGAGUGGGUGCAGCAUUCAUAAGAAAGUCCAUCUAUGGUGUUGGGAUUCAUUUAACUGCUGCAGAUUGCCCUUACUUCAGUGCAAGGUAUUGUGAUAUUGAUGAAAACGGAGUACGUUACAUGGUGUUAUGCCGUGUAAUAAUGGGGAAUAUGGAGCUUCUUCGUGGUGAUAAAGCACAGUUCUUUUCUGGUGGAGAAGAGUACGACAAUGGAGUUGAUGAUAUCAAAAAUCCGAAGAAUUACAUUGUCUGGAACAUCAAUAUGAACACCCAUAUAUUCCCAGAAUUUGUUGUUAGGUUCAAGCUGUCUGUUCCCUCCAAUGCUGAAGGUAAUUUGGUUGCUAAGAAUGAUAACUCGGGAGUUACUCUGGAAGGACCCAAGGAUCUUCCUCCACAGUUAGAGUCAAACGGAACAGGAGGCUCGGGUAGCGCAAACAGUGUCGGAUCCAGCACUACAAGACCCAAAUCUCCAUGGAUGCCUUUCCCUACUCUGUUUGCAGCAAUCUCGCAUAAGGUUGCAGAGAAAGACAUGACCUUCAUCAAUGCUGACUACCAACAACUCCGGGAGAAGAAAAUGACGAGAGCGGAGUUUGUGAGGAAACUGCGGGCUAUAGUAGGAGAUGAUCUGCUUAGAUCCACCAUAACAACUCUUCAGAACCAGGCAACCGAAGUCGAAGAAGGAGAUUCCUGGAGGGAUGAGAGACCACCAUGA